AGGCCGUUCACCGUAGCAGAUGCAACUCUGCGGGCAAAACAAAAACAAUUCGAAAUAUGACUGAUGCUGUGCACGAUUUAUUGGCGGGCCUUGUGGCCAAUCGCCAGACCAUGCAAAGACAGUCGGCCAUCAUCGACGAGAUACUGGAGAAGUCGAACAACACCCUGAUCCACAUCGAGUCGCGAAACAAAGCCCUCGCGCCGGCCACUGCUGCGCAGGAGCAGGAAAAGGUGUACAACGUGAAGCCGGCCUGUAAGCAGGCGCUCGUCAAGAUAUUGCAGAACUACAAACAGCUGAUGCAGCAGCACAGAGACGAGCGUGAGGACAAACACAGCGCUUUGGAUGGCUGCCUGGCGUUCCGUCAACGCGUCGAGCAAUUGGCCAGUACCAUGCGCAAGCUGGUGGCCCUGUGCGAUACUGUCCACCAAAUGAAGGUCCACCAGGAGGAUCUCGAGGCAGAGGACCAGGACUCGCCAUAGUAUAUAUUGUAAACUAGUUGAAUAAUAAUAAAUUAUAAAUAAUGCUUCUCA